AUGGCGACAAAGGCAGCAUAUAAGCGGCUCACUCGCGAAUACCAAAAUAUCCAAAAGAACCCACCCCCCUUCAUUAUCGCUCAUCCAUCUGAGUCAAAUAUUCUCGAAUGGCACUACAUCCUCACCGGCCCUCCGGGCACCCCUUAUGAGAACGGUCAAUACUGGGGAACGCUGAUCUUCCCUCCUGAAUACCCCUUUGCGCCUCCUGCCAUUCGCAUGCACACUCCCAGCGGGCGCUUCCAGCCAUCCACACGGCUCUGUCUUUCAAUUAGCGAUUUCCAUCCCAAAUCUUUCAACCCUGCAUGGGAGGUUUCCACCAUCCUGAUUGGCCUCCUCUCUUUCAUGACUAGCGAAGAGAUGACCACAGGUAGCGUCAGUGCAUCCGAGGGCGAGCGUCGAGUGCUAGCUGCACGAUCGCGUUGGUGGAACUCGACCGGUGGCGGGUCUCACAUCAACGCGACUCCCGGUGUUGCUCGUACCACAAAAGGAAUCAACAAUGUCAAGGCAGGCGAUGGUGGUCUCAAGUUCCGUACAGAAUGGCCUGAGUUGGAUCAGGAGAACUGGACGUGGAUGAAGGAGCACCGGAUUGACACCGCCACUGGUCAGAUUCUACCCGACCCGGAUGCGGCCGCCAAAUGCUCUCCCGAGACCAGCGCUCUUCGUCGUCGACCGACGGGCAGUGCCGCUGGACUUGGAGCGGUUAUGGAAGGCGGACAGGUGGCUCGAGAAGCCGGACAAGGCUGGGCUCGGCGCAACCGAUUCUGGAUCGGAGUCGCGGUUCUACUAGGAUACGCACUCGUGUCACGAAUGGUCAAUGAUGUCCGAGGAUGA